AUGGCCACUUCUAGUAUGCUGGGACACAUACUGACCUUAUGCAGGUGGGCUGUGAUGGGUACCUGGAUUAUGGUGGGUAGUUGGAAUAUACAGCUAGCCAGCUUUCAUGCUGGUAUUAGUGGGCCAGAUGGAUCACAGUCUCCAGGAUAUUUUCAGUGGUUCAGAAAGCACACUAGUGGGAUUCUAUUGGGCUGGUAUGACUUCCUGACAUUUCCAGUUAGCUGGGUCAGAUCCCAUGUUAUUGCCAGGGACCAGCAGGGGGUCAAGGCUGGUGACAGUUGUGGUUCAGAAGGCAUUCCAGUGGGAUGGUAUUGGGCUGGUAUAUGUUUUGGCCAAAUCCAGUCAGCUGGGUUAAAUUCCCAGUUGAUGACCAUGACCUGGGACACCUACUGGCCACAUUAUAGUGGGCUGGCACAGUUGGCCAGGAUGGAUGACACCCUCCAGGCUAUUUACAGUGGUUCAGAAGGCACUCCAGUGGGAUUCUAUUGGGCUGGUAUAUGUUCUGGUCAAGUCCAGUCAGCUGGGCCAAAUUCCCAGUCAAUGGCCAUAACCUGGGACACAUACUGGCCUUAUGCUAGGGGACUGGGACAGAUGCCCAGCCUAUGGUAG